AUGACAAUCGGCACCGGUAAAUUUGAGCGAAUGACAAAAGAAGAAAAAUUACGUUUCUGUCGAGAUCUUAUUAAAAAAGCUGCUAACUUAACAAAAUCAUCAGCUGUUAGUGAUAUUUAUUCAACAGGAAAUACAUCUAGUCAUAGUGAUAUAUAUUCAAAAAGUAAGUCAAAUCAACAACCUAGUUCUGUUAGUGAUACUCUAUUGAAAGAAACAAAAAAUGAUACUUUAAUUAAUAAUGGAACUUCAAAAUUACAUCCAACUAAACGAACAACAUCAAGAUCUUCGAUAAAGUCAUCAACAUCAUAUACGUCACACAAAUCGAAUACAAGUAUUUCACAACAUCCUUCAAUUUCGUCACUUCUUAGUAAUAAAUCAAAGAAUAAACAACAAUCUUCUGCUUCACAAACAUUAGUUCCAUUGGAUGAAUCAAAUAUUAUUCGAUCUCCUUCAGAGACAAGUAACAAGUUAGAAAUGAAGGAUCCAACAUUAAAUACACGCUUAGCAACUUCUCCAAAAACUGCUAACACACUAUCUGGUAUGCGCUCAAAAUCGAAAUUUAACGGACGUAGUAAGAGUCAACGUAUCACUGAUACUUCAAAUAUUCGUUCUACUCCUGUUUCGAAAUCUCAAAAGAAUAAAACUGGAACAAAUAAAUUAAAAUCAACUAUGAAGACAAAGAUAGCUUCAACCGUUCUUUCACCUUCGAAACGCUCAGCAACUGCUAAUAAGACCAAUGUAACUAAUAUAAAAAGUAAAUCUAAAUCAAAUACAAAAUCAGAAAAAACUACGGGUAAUCAUCAAACGAAACAAUCACAUAAAACUAAUAAAGAUCGUACUGAAACAUGUACUGUACAAUUUGUACCAAAAUUUAAUCCAAAUUCAAAUACAAAUCAAGUACCAAUAUAUCGUCUAGUACGUCAUGCUUUUGGUAAUAUGGUACGUGAAGCUAUAUGUCAACUGGAUAAAGAUAAAACAGGCGUUAGUUCACAACAAAUUAUUGAUCAUAUAGUUAAACAUUAUGCAUUUCCAAAUAAUGUUUCGGAAAGUGUUGUACGUAAUCGUGCUAUGUUUACAAUUAAUUCUGGUUUACGAGCUGGUACUUUGCUAACUGUUAAUCCAAACAAAGGUGUUCGUAUCGGUCGUAUGCGUCAUAAUUACGCACGCAUGCUUUGUUAA